AACUUUACAGAGCAGCAGCAGCGGCAGCAGGAGCAGGAGCAGCUCGCCCUCCCUCGGCUUGGGGCGGGUCUCCGCCACUCCAAACUGCGCUGCGCUCCACUUUUAGUUCGCAGUUGGCCGCCGGAUGCGCACGUGGGAACAUACUGCAACAAGUGGAGGAGUUGGCACGCGCGCUCGGUCCGGCUUUUUAAAACCCUUUUCUUUCCUCCUCCUCGCCAACCACUCCGCUGUCCGCGAGUCUGUCUCGAGCCCGAUGCUGCCAGCUGCCGCGCGCUCCUCUGCAUGCUCCCAGCUCCGUCGCAACGAAGGAGAACCACUCAAGUAUGGUCGAUAAAGGCCCCUUGCUGACUUCUGCCAUCAUCUUCUACCUCUCCAUUGGGGCAGCGAUAUUCCAGGUCCUGGAGGAGCCCAACUGGAAGCAGGCGGUGAAGCAGUACAGGGAGCAGAAGGAGAAAAUACUUGAGGACUACCCCUGCCUGUCUAAAGGGGACCUGGACCGAAUAUUAGAGGUGGUGUCUGAUGCUGCCGGCCAAGGAGUCACCAUAACUGGCAGUAAGACAUUCAACAACUGGAACUGGCCAAACGCUGUCAUCUUUGCUGCUACAGUCAUCACCACCAUCGGAUAUGGAAACAUCGCCCCUAAAACCUCAAAUGGCCGGGUGUUUUGCAUCUUCUACGGCCUCUUUGGCGUGCCUUUGUGUCUUACAUGGAUCAGUGAGCUGGGCAAGUUCUUUGGUGGCCGAGCCAAGCACCUGGGACAGUUUCUAACCAGAAAGGGCUUCUCAUUGAGGAAAGCCCAGUUUACCUGCACAGCGAUUUUUCUCCUCUGGGGCGUGCUGGUCCAUUUAGUCCUUCCACCUUUUGUGUUCAUGUCCCAGGAGGGCUGGACGUACAUCGAAGGGUUGUACUUCUCAUUUGUCACCUUGACUACAAUCGGUUUUGGGGACUUGGUUGCAGGUGUGGAGCCAAACAAAGAGUAUCCAACUCUGUACCGUUACUUUGUGGAAGUAUGGAUCUAUCUGGGCCUGGCCUGGCUGUCUUUGUUCUUCAACUGGAAGGUGCGAAUGGUGAUCGAGGCCCACAAGGCUUUGAAGAAACGCCGCAAGCUGCGCAAGCUUUCUCUCGAAGAGAUGCGGCACUACAAAGAGUCUCACAAAGCGUCUCUCCGCUUGCCGCCCACCCCCAACGACGUGAACAUCUUCGGCUUCCUGUCCAAGAAGAAGGAGGGCUACAACGACCUGAUCAAGCAGAUUGGCAGCAAAAACGAAGGAAGAACCGGCUGCGUCGCCGGCGACUCCAACAAGAAAGCCAAAGACAUAAAUCGCUCCAAGAGUUGCAACGACGCUCCGACGUUUAACGGUCACACCAUCCUCAGCCUGGACCGUUCGCCGCGCCAGAAGAGACGCUACAGUUUCAGCGACCGGGUCACCGUGGCCUUUUCGAAGUCCAAGAACUACCUGCUAGGCUCGGAUAAUGGUCUCCUGCUCACAGAGGACCAGGUGGAGGGUGACCCAGAACUAGACCAAAACCAAAUGUACGAGAACCAACUCGACAAGGACAUUGGCGUAGAGAACAGAGGCACCGGAGACUGUGGGGUGGGGGGUCGACGGACGUGGGACUCUAAAGAGUAUCACCCUCUCACCUUCCAGAACGCCAACAUAACUUUCAUCGACGAAGAAAACUUUCUGAGCAACAACCUGGAGGAGCUGGAGGACGACGACGACGAGGCGGGCGACGACGACGACUCCAGGGCCAAACUCUCCAUCACAACAUGCGACGAAAACAUCGAAACAAACUCCAAGGAGGAUCAGACGUCGGAAUGCGACGAGUCGGUUUUUACGAGCGACUGCUCUGAGCACGGCCACUCGUACGAGAAGCUCGUGGAGGAGUACGCCAAGGAAGACAACACAGAAUCCUGAGGCCCGGAAGCCGAACGGCGUCGUCGGACUCGACCGCAUGUGAAACAUCUCGUCACACUUUGAAGGACUUUAGAGCUGAGAUCAACCUUCAAAACGGACGAUCAAACUCCGACACAAGUAGCGGACAACAAAGAGUUGUGACCUCAUGAGGAGUCGACAUUUGCUCUAUUUAUGGAUUUCUUUUUUCUUUUUUUUUAUACGGUUUGAAAAACAGUCACAAGUUUCUACUUAGAUAUUCAAACAAGCAGCAGUUGUUCAUGAGGGAUGGUUUUUAUUCCUGCUCCUAGGCUGAAGUUAUACAUGGGAAUUGUUUAGAUUAUUAUUAUUUUUUUUCCCAUAGUUUCUUUCGACUAUUUCUAUUCACCAUAUUGGUGCUUUUUAAUGAUAUUUAUUGGAAUGAAGGACGUUUGUCGAGUUGCCACGUGGGUUUAUGCGUCUGCCAUUGCACAAUUUCGGUCAGCUCAGGGUGUAUCAAAGUCCACUCCGGGGCAGACUUGCUUUUUACCACCUGAGCCAAGCUUUUGUCUUAAAAAGGAGAAGGGUUGAAAGACAGAUUUUUAUUGUUUCUUUGCUGUCUCGUGUGUGUGUGUGUGAAGGUAAGCUCUUGAUGUCUUGUCGGAAAUUGGCGUUUUAGGAGCAACCAAACUGUGAUGUCUUCCACCUGAGCCCUUACACCUACUGAGACAGGAAAUUACGAAUAGCAAGAAAAAUGCAAGCUGAGUUGAGCUUCUUUGGUCACUCGCUUUAGCCGUUGCUGCCGUCUGCAUCCCAGCUGACAGCUCUGCAACUUCAGCGCUUGUAAUCCUAAACGGGGAGCCAAAGCUUUCACAGCAACAGCAUUCUUAUGGUCUGUCGCGGUAGCAGUCCUUGAAUUGAUUGUAUUUGUCAUGUAAAUAUUGGCCUGGAGCUCGCCAGCAGCCACAAAGCCAGCCCCGCUGGGGACACGGCCUCCCUGCUCCUGUUUGCCUUCGGGGGGGCUCGCACCGGCCCCGACGAAUGAAGCGCGCCCGUUGACGGGCAGCGAAGGUUAACUCGUGGCAAAUCAAUGAUCUGUUGACGUGUGUCCCUCCGUAUCGGUGCUCUCCAAACGUUUCAUGCAAGAACAAAACCCAGAUCUCAGAAACCUCCGGUUUUCAGUCUCACUUUUAAAAAGUGCACACAGAUAUUUUUUUUUUCUUUUUUUUUUGCUAAUCCCGCGGCUUUUUGCACACAGUGUCUUGCACAAAGAUUAGAAAUGGUGUUACUUGGAAUGGUAAAAGAGCAACAAUUUCAUGAGGUUUUUUUUUUUUUUUUUUUCUUAAGAAGUUCUUUCUUACAUUCAAGCAGAAUUUGUUGAACAAUAUGCUCGUAAUAAGUGGUCUUAUUUCAGGGGUUGAUUUCUUUUGUUUUUCAUGUAAACACAUCAAAUGCACAUUCUGACUAAUCACUGCCUUAUUAUGUGAACAGCCUUAAGUCCACUGCAAAGCAGAGGAUUCAAAAUAUGGAACAUCUAUUGAAUGUAUUCUGCAACAACUCACUGAAAAGUUGUUGUUUUCUUCACGCUUGGUGGCAAUUAUAUUUGUUCUUGUGAUAAAUUUCAUCACAGGUCCACAUAUGUCUUUUUGUUUUUUUGUUUUUGUUUUUUUUUUGUCCCGUAUGUCAGCAAUCUCUCUUCACUGGUUCUCUAGGAUGUCUAUGCAGCAUUUGUUAUACAACCAAGGUACUGCUCCCGACUGAAUUUCAAAGGAUAUAUCCAAGAUCAGAUAUUUGUCUGUGGUGUGUGAAACUCCAAUGUGGUUGCCUGUGUAGUUCUGUGUGUAUUUUUUUAUGGUUAAAUUAUUUGUAUUUGUAAGUUUGUACAUGAUUUUCAACGAAGCUGUAUAUUGUAAAAUAAACAUUCAACAAAUAA